AGUAAAGUUUGCAGUAACUCAGGAGGAGCAGAAGGAUUUAUCCCCUCUCCGCACAACUUCCUUUCACCCCUUUGUAAUGUUGCAUCGAGACAGGAGGAAAGUGGGAGAGAGCGGACUUUUAUUUUUGGACCGAAGAAUGCAAGGUAUGCCGCUGGGGCGGCGGCUGCUACUGCUGCUGGCUGCCGCCUUCCUGGCUCCUCUGCAGAGUUCCUCGGAAAGCGCUGCUGCUGUGGAGCCUCCGUCGGCGGACGCAGCAGUCAGCGCGGCAAGGAGCCUGGCUUGGGGGCCCGGCCUGCUAGCUGAGGCCACCCUUCCCGUCCGGUAUUUCUACCUCCAGGCGGUCAGCAGCGACGGACGUAACUUCACGCGCCCGCCUUCAGGAAGUACACAAUUUGAAGUGAAAAUCAGACCAAUCUCCCCCAAAGAAGUCACCCAGAUCCAUGUGCCUAAGCUUUUGGACAGGAAUGAUGGAUCCUUUCUUAUGCGAUAUCGAUUGUAUGGAAGUGUCAAGGAAGGGUUAAAGGUGGAGAUUCUUCAUGGUGAUAUACAUGUAGCUGAGUCUCCCUAUAUCCUGAAAGGUCCAGUUUAUCAUGAAUAUUGUGAAUGCCCAGAAGAAAAUGCUCAGAUUUGGGAUAAAAGUCUUUCAUGUCCUUCAGAGGAACCUCGGAUUACUGAGGAUUUUGCUGCAUUUCCUAGCAUUGAUCUUCAGCGGAUGUUUAAUGAGGUCCCAGCACAGUUUGGCCAAAGGAUGGGAGCCAUUGUUCAUUAUACUAUCAUUAGUAAUCGCAUCUAUCGCCGGUCCUUGGGGAAAUACACAGACUUCAAAAUGUUCUCUGAUGAAAUGUUGCUGUCAUUGGCAAGAAAGGUUCAUCUUCCUGAUGUGGAAUUUUAUCUUAAUGUGGCAGAUUGGCCCGUUGAACAUCGGAAAGCAAAUGAAACCCCUGGUCCUCUACCUAUCAUGUCAUGGUGCGGCUCUAUGGAUUCAGCAGACAUAGUGCUUCCAACCUACGAUGUCACCCGCUCAACCCUUGAAACUCUGCGUGGUGUCACAAAUGAUUUGCUGUCUAUUCAAGGGAACACAGGACCUGCCUGGGACAACAAAACCGAACAAGGAUUUUUCAGAGGUCGAGACAGCCGGGAAGAACGGCUUCAGCUGGUGCAGCUCUCUAAGGAAAACCCAGAAAUACUGGAUGCUGGAAUAACAGGUUACUUCUUCUUCAGAGAAAAGGAGGAGGAGCUGGGAAAAGCUCCAUUGAUGGGGUUCUUUGACUUCUUUAAGUACAAAUAUCAAGUGAGUGUAGAUGGCACAGUUGCAGCCUACAGGUUCCCAUACCUCUUGCUGGGUGAUAGUCUUGUGAUCAAGCAGGCUUCACAGUACUAUGAACACUUCUAUAUGGAGCUGACGCCGUGGACCCAUUAUGUUCCAGUUAAAAGAAACUUGGAAGACUUGCUAGAAAAAAUAAAAUGGGCCAAGGAAAAUGAUGAACAAGUCAGAAAGAUUGCCAAGGAAGGUCAGGUAGUUGCAAGAGAACUACUGCAGCCUCACCGAUUUUAUUGCUACUAUUUCAAAGUAUUCAAGAAAUAUGCUGACCGCCAAGCUGGUAAACCUGUAAUACGGGAUGGAAUGGAAUUCGUUCCUCAGCCUGAUGACAGGACUUCAGUCUGUGACUGCCACAGGAAAAAACCACCAAGGGAAGAGCUAUAAGUAACUAUGCCAAAUGUGAUCAAGUAGAGCCUGUUCCAAGAGUGAUGCAAGACUUUAAAUUACAUUUAAACCUGUGAAAUCUGGAACCAGCUUGUACACAGAGAAAUAUUUACAGUUCGGUCCUAUAGUGCCUAUGAAGAAGUAAGCACCAUUGAUUUUAAUGGGGCUUACUAUUAGGGUCAGUGUGUGUAGCACUGAAGCCUUGGAUGCCUUUCGUCACCAAGUUGUUAUGUGUACCUUUUUAAAAUCAGGAUGUGUAAAAGUGAGAAAAGCUCUCAACCAGACCAUAUCCUUCACUUACACAAAAUGCUUAUGGAACCAAAGUAGGCUGUAAUAACACUUAGCUGUUACCUAUAUCACUUUCAAGUGUUUGAAACACUCCACAUAAUUUGUAUUGAUGAUCCUCACAACAGCCUUUUAAGGUAGGUCAGUAUUAUUUUGUAUAUAGCACAACUGAAGCUGAGGGCACAGUGGCUUGCCUAGAUUAUCAGUGAGUUUAUGACUGAGAUUUCAGAGAUUUCUCAGCUCACACUCUUAGCCACUUUACUAGCUGUCAUCCUAUAUAUGCUAAUUUUUAGUAACUAUAGGAAGAUAUUGGUCUUCCUAUUCAAUCUGAUCCUGCUGUUUAAUGGGCACUAACUCUUUAACAGCUGUUCUGUACAUUAUACAGAACGAGGUGCCAGAAUUUUUGAAGGUAUUAUUAUUAUUUAUUAAAUAUAUAUCCCACCCUUCCUUCACCUUCAAAGGAGCCCAAGGCAGCACUACAGAGUGCAGGUGGAUGAUGAAGUGUGUACCAUAUUUUUAAAUGCUUUCCCAUGUAAAACAACAAAACUCCCUCAUUCAAAUAUCACUUCAACUAUGAAUUCAGUAAACAGUCUCUGACUCUGUCUCGGUCCUCAUCUGCAUCACAGGGGUAGUAAUACAGGAUUGUUUCAAAGUCUGCAGAGAAUAAUAAUAAUUAUUAUUAUUUAUUACAUUUGUAUACCGCCCCAUAGCCGAAGCUCUCUGGGUGGUUUACAGCAGUUAAUGUAUAUGAAGACUUUUGAGCACCCUUAAAUACUUCAUAAAAAUGCUAAGUAACAAGCAGAUACAGAAACUCUGCAAGUUUAAACUUAGUAUGUUGGGGAGAGAGCCCUGUUCAAACAUUCUCCCUGGCAAUUAAUAAUAGCUUAUUAUGUGGUUUGACUCCAAAGUGGCAGGCAUCUGCCUUGUGAGUAGUUUAUACCAUUAUAAAAGGGUUGCAGAUAUAACUAAGUAAAAGGCUGCAGUCCAUUUGAUGGGAAUUGUUCUGAACUUUAUUUUUCUUACAUUAGUUAUCCCACCUUUUUCUGUCAUGGAACCUAAUUUAGCACUCACCAAACCCAGGCCUGGUUUGCUUCAGCAAGGUGGUAGCCUCAGAGUGCCUUCAGACUAUGCUCUGGGCCUUGAGAAGGGGCUGUCCUUGAGAAGUGCCUGUUGCUCAGUGGCAUAUAAAAGGUCCUAGGCUCAGUCCCCAAUUAAAGGAUUUUACAUAUCAGGACUUGAAUGAGACUUUAACCUAGACUUGGGAUAGCUGUUAGCUGGCUUUUUAGUGUGGUCCAGGGAAGAGGAACUUGCGGCCCUCCAGAUGUUGUUGGACUCCAAUUCCCAUUAUUUCUGAACAUUGGCCAUGAUGGGAGUUGGAAGUCCAACAACAUCUGGAGGACCACAGUUCCUCAUUCCUGGUGCAGUCAGUACUGAGCUUGAUGGAUUAUUGAUCUGAUUAAGGCAACUAGUUCCCUGUAAGAGAUAUAUAGGAACACAGGAAACUGCCUUAUACUUAGUGAGACCACUGGUCCAUCUGGCUCAGUAUUGUCUAUGCUGACUAGCAGCAGCUCUCCAGGGUUUCAGGCAGGAGUCUCUCCCAGCCCUACCUAGAGACACUGAGGACUGAACUUCAGACCUUCUUGCAUGCAAGGCAGAUGUUCUACCACUGAGCAAGAGCAUGCUGAAAGAACAUCCAUUUUUCUCCCUGAAUUUCUUACUGUUUUAAUCUUUGGAGUGUUUUUUAGGUCAUUCAGACUAAUGAAAUGUAUGUGACCCAUAAAUGGCUUGGUAGACCGGUGAACUCAUAAAUCUUAUUGAGCAGGUAUUUUACACGUCUAAAUCUGUCUAUGGAUACAAUGUUGUUAUUAUGAAUACAAGUUGCAUCUUGAUUUCAAAACAGGCACCUACCAAAAAGUUGCCUCACAGGAUUUUUAAAUUAGGUAACUAUGCAAAGGACUUGGGUAUCUUUUCAACUUACUGUGUAACUCAACUCCUUUCUCCUGUCAACAGGAAAUGAAAGCUUGCAUAAAUCUGCCAAAACUUCAAUGGAGCUCAGUCAUGGAACUGAACCACAUCGCCUAUAAAGUUAACUAUAAAGUUUGUUCACAGAGGCCUAGCAAUUUCCUACCACCAAAAAGGCUUUGGUAGGGGUAUCACUUGAUCAAAUAUUUAUUUGCUGAACUAAAAAAACAACAACUUGAAAUUGAUUUAAGACAAAUGCUGCACUGCAUGUUAGGUAUACAGAAAAUAUGUAAGAUGAAAAUCACGUCAACGCACGUCUGACCCAGCUUUUCUAUAGCAAACCUUAGGUCUUAUUUACCAACUGCUCCAAACCACCCCACCCCCCAAUUUGACACACACAUGGCAAAUGCAAUUGGUGGGAGAUUGACCUUAGUUCAGGAUGGUAUUGGCUCCAUACAGAAAAAGUUUUGUUUGCUAUACACCAGGGAUGCGGAACUUGUGGUCUUCCAAAUAUUGUUGGACUCCCAACUCCUAUCAGCUCCAGCAUGCAUGGCGCAUGUUCAGGCAUAUUGGGAGUUGUCCAAAACUUCUAGAGGGCACCAGGAUCCCCAUCCCUACUAUGCACCACGUCCAGAUUUAUAAGCAGUAACCAUGUUUUGAAAACGGGGAGACCGUGAUGAAAUUGUUUGUGUUGCUAAUUUAGCACUGCAUUUAGAUUUUUGGAUGCCCAAAGCUAAUAAUUAAAUUAGGGGAACUGCUUUAUUUAAAAGGUACAGUUACUAUAUUUAAAAUUAGCAUGUAUCCUGUGGAGCACUUGACUGGAGUCAAGGAGAAAAUGAACCAUGGUCACAAUGCAACCUGUUAUGUGCAAUGCAGUCCUGUACAUAUCUGCUCAGAAGUAAGUCCUGCAGCAGUGUUGAAUUCCAGGUAAGUGUUGCAACCAUUUAAAAUAGCACAUAAGCCUGGGUGUAAGCUUCACUGAACUACAUAUAAAUGAUGUCCCAUUGAUUCUGUGCAUAUCUCAUUCCAUUGAUUCCAAUGAGAAAAUGAAGCAAGUAUUUAACAAUGCAAUCCUAUUCAUGUUUACUUGGCAAUACAUUCCACUGUUCAUUGAGGCUUACCCUCUAGUUACUGUUUUGGAUUACAACUGUGUAGUGUAAUCGUAUGCAUGUUUACUCAAAAAUAAAUCCCACUGUGUCCAGCAGGGCUUACUCUGAAGUAAAUGUAUAUAGGAUUGCAGCCUAAAUCUUGGCCACUUGAAAUCAACGGGAUUUAAAGUGUGAAAUGUCUGAAUCAUGUAUCAUGUUGCCAAAAAUACAGAAUUGGCAACAGCAUCCACAAAGGAGGUUUGUUUUUUAAAAAACACAAUUUGGGCUUAUUUCAAACAACUGCUUUUGUUUGUGGUGUUAUUUUUUUAGCCUGUAAUAAAUAGAAUUAUUA